UGGUCUUUGAACCUCAUGAAGGAUAAUGAUUGGCUAAGCGGUAAAUUUGAAAACAAUCCGUUGUUGCAAAUAUGCAGCUGUCGGAGCGGGGAAGAAACGAUGGACGUCAACUCUUAUUUUCAGGCCUUUGAGGCGAGCGUGCGCAGCUACGCUGGAGAUGACCCCCUCGAUCCUUGGGAUAAGUUUGUUCAGUUUCUGGACAGCAAGCUGUCUGAGGAGGAGGGUGAGGGGAUGUGUGUGGUGCUGGAGCGGCUGGUGCACAGCUUCCUUCAGGAGGAGCGAUACCACAACGACCCGCGAUACGUGGCUCACUGCGUCAGAUGUGCCGGUUUGUGCAGCGACCCCGUGGAGGUGUACAGACUCCUGCACGGCCGGGGCGUGGGGACGCAGGCCGCAGCGCUCUACCUGGACUGGGCUCGUCAGCUGGAGAAGAGAGGCCAGCUGUCCCAGGCCGAGGCCGUGUACCACAGAGCUCUGGAGAACAAGGCUCAGCCGCAGGACGGUGUGCUGCAGCAGUACAUGCUCUUGCAGGCCCGGGUGUCUGCGAGCGCCCCGACGGCCGCGUCAGAUCACGUGCGGCAGCCUCUGCAGAACUCACUGCUGGUGAACCAGAACCCCAGACAGAGAGACGCCGCUCAAGACCAGCGCAAGGAUCCAGAAGUGUCUUCUCCUGCUCCUAAAAUGGUGCGCAUAAUCUCCCGCUCGGAGAACAACCCGGUCCGGACGGCGGGUGGUAACGGCGUGGAGUGUGUGUCCAUGUACUGCGUGAACGAGCUGCAGUGUGAGGGAUCGGAGCUGUCCUUUGAGGAGCUCAGGGCCAGACGCUACUUUGCUAAACGUAGCCAGCAGGAGAAACAGCGGCAGCUGGCUGAGAAGCAGCACAGGCUUUGGGAGGAGGAGGAGGAGGUGAGGAAGAUGAAGCAGCUCCUGGAGGAUCUGGAGAAGAACGUGACCGUCUCGCCAGCGGAGCAGAGACGCCCAGCCACCACGUCUCUUACGGUCGAAGCCCCUGCCGCUGUGGUCCUCCAGGCCUCGGACGGAGCUCCCGCAGGGCAUGCUGGGACACGGGACAGCAGCGCCGCUGGCGGGAGUCUGCUGGGACAGACGGACAGAGCCUCGGUGCGCCAGAGCGAUGCCUCCGACACAGAGGCGUGUGCCCACACAGACGUGGAUGUGACCGCAGACCCUUCAUGUAGUGGGUUCAAUCACUCUCAUGUCACCCCAAACACAUCUCUGGGUUUCGCUCACACCACCCCGUCUCGAGCUCUUCCUUCUCCCACUGUGAACACACGAGAAGCUUUGGGUGUGAUCAUGGACAUGUUUCAAGCUCCCACCCUGCUCCAGGAGUCCAUGUUCAACAGCACUGUUCUGCCGGAGGACAGCUUUGAGAAGAGCUGCAGAAUCAGCAGCGCCCCCUCGUGUGUUCAAGCUCCCAGCUCCACUCCAUUCAUGAUUUACCAGGACAAAGACGAGCAGGAGACCGGAGGUUCUGGUCAGGACAGGAGCGACCCGCCCCAGAGCCGAGCGCUCACACAGAUCCCAGUGUCCAGAGCCAAUGACACUCCAGUCAGCACAGAGUCUAUGACGGAUGAGAGCACCAUGUGGGGAGCACGUAACAUCUCUGUAGGUCCGUGUCCUAACCACACCCGGGACUUCGCCCUGUCCGCUCAUCUGGUGUCCACGCCGCUCCACCCUCAUGCACCACACACCUGGGACACGGAGCAGGCCCGAGAAGAAGCUGCAGGAGUCAGGUCCAUCAGCGGAUCUGAGGAAAACCCAUACAUGCGACAGCCCACCAAACUCAGUCCGAUCAUGGAGCAGAGUCCGGCGGAGGAGAAGCCGUCUGAGCUGGUGGAGUGCAGCAUGCGUGCUCAGGGCACCAUCGUCGGGGAAGGGGUGUCUUUGGCUCAGCCCAGUCUGGGGCUUUCUCUGGCCCAGCACAGCCAGAGCUCCUGCAGCAGACUCCCGCUGGCCGCCCUGUCCUUCCCCGACACAGCCCUGAGGAGCAGCUCCCGGCCCAGCUGGAGCAUCUAUCAGAGCCCAGAGAAAGACCUUCUCCUGCCCCAGAGCUCCUUUCACAGGAGCCAGUCAUCAGAGCAGGACCAGGACGUCCCCAUGAGUCCAGAAGCACGCUGGCUCCAGACCGGCAGCUCCGCUCUCGCAGCAGAAGCAGAGCCGGAGGUCAUGAAGAGUCCUCCUGCGCUCUGUGGAGGCCCGCGGCCAGCCUGGACCAUCUACCAGAGCCCCGAGCCUCCUCCUGAGCCCGAGCUGCUGUGGGCCACCAGCCCCGAGCCCGUGCCCCAGCAGGAUCUAGAUGAUCUAGACCUCGCAGCAGAUCUUCUGCUUCCCAAGAAACCCUUCCAGCGGCGCAAGUCAGGGCUGAAAGCGCUGCAGGAGCUGCACGAGUCUCUGCUGAUGAGUCCCAAGCAAGCCUCUGAAGCGGCUCAGGAGGAGCCCGCGAGUCCAGUCCCGGCACCAGCUCUGGACUGGUUCGGCAGCAGCCCUCAGCGGCCCAGCGAAGAGGACCUGGACGUGAUGGCCAGCCCAGCGCAGGCUCCCAGGAGCCCCAUGGACACGUCCAGAGAGCUGGGCGCCGCUCAGGAUGAUCUUGUUAGUGCAGGCCGUGUGCCGCUGCUGUCGGACCCCUGGGAUGAGGGUCUGCUGGUGUCUCUGCUCUCCAGCCUGCAGCCUCCUCUCUCUUCUCACCCUAACCUGACCGUCUGGAGCGGACGCCUGCCCACGAUCACACCCAAGAUGACCGUCCAGAUCGCCGGAGAGACGCUGCGAGUGGACUGUGUUCUGGGACAGGGAGCGUUCGCCACCGUCUACCAGGCCACCAGCCUCAGCAGCUCACACAAACUCUUCCUGAAGGUUCAGAAGCCGGCGAACCCGUGGGAGUUCUACAUGGACAGUCAGCUGAACGUGCGCCUGCAGCCCGCUGUGCGUCAUCUCUUCAACACCAUCUACUCCGGACACCUCUUCAGCAACGGCAGCGUUCUGGUGGGAGAGCUGCACAGCUGUGGCACGCUGCUGAACGCUAUAAACCUGUACAAGAGCCGCAGUGAGAAGGUGAUGCCUCAGCCGCUGGUGCUCUACUUCAGCGUCUGCAUCCUUCACAUGGUGGAGCUGCUGCAUCGGGCCGAGAUCAUACACGCUGACAUCAAGCCCGACAACUUCCUGCUGGGAGAGAGGUUCCUGGAGAACGACUGCUUCCAGCAGGAUCACCUGGAGCACGGCCUGGCUCUGAUCGACCUGGGACAGAGCAUCGACAUGACGCUCUUCCCAGAAGGCACCGCGUUCACCGCCAAGUGCAUGACCUCAGGCUUCCAGUGUGUGGAGAUGCUGAGCGGCCGACCCUGGACCUAUCAGACUGAUUAUUUCGGCAUCGCCGGGACGGUCCACUGUAUGCUGUUUGGGACCUACAUGCAGGUUAAAGAGGAGGGUGGUGUCUGGAGAACCAACGGAGUUUUCAAAAGGAACGUGCACGCUGACCUGUGGCAGGACUUCUUCCACACGCUGCUGAAUGCUCCGGACUGCAGCUCUCGGCCGUGUCUGCGUGCUCUGCGCCUGCGGCUCGACGGCGUCCUGCAGCAGAACUACAGCAGUAAACUGCGCAGUCUGAAGAACCGGCUGGUGGUGCAGAUCCUGGAGGCGCGCUCCUCUCGCCGGUGAACACUCGCCCGGCGCUGCUCUCAUUUUACUGAUUACGUUGUAAAAAAAACUAACUCGUGAACGAAGCCUCGUGUAUUUCAAUAAAUCUUGGUUGUGUGUGUUUUUGGUUCAGUUCAUUGGUGUCACAGUGAUGAGCAGUACUUCAUCACAAGGACCAGAAGUAAUGUGUGAAGGCAACACAUUCAAUAAAAUACAAAUACUAAACCAUUUUAAAUGCUAGGAGCUUAAAAGUAUCACAGGGAUACACUGAAGAAUGCUCAAGCUCGUAAAACUACUAGCAGUGUGGAGUCACUAUAAAGCUUCAGCUGGUUUUUAAACGUGAUGAAACAUGGCUUUAUGAGUCAGGGAUGUUUAACACACGGAGGAGGUGAAGAUCUGGGAGACGCUUUGUUUGCCCGCCAUCUUGAAAGAGUCCUAAGAAUUUUAAUUUUCUGUCCUGAUUGUGAAAAAUGUCACCGUUGUUUGUCUUUCAUGCUGCAUGGAGAAUUGGUCAUCAUUUGCAGCACAUUCUCCAUA